CCUUACUGCAUGCAGCAAUACUUGGCACGCUGACAUGGUCAAGGGCAGAGAGCUUCCUCACACUUCCUCUGGUUGGCUGUGUGCCCAACUGGCCUGUGUUUACGCACAGAUCGUGUUUCAGUCUUCUAAUUAUAAGGUAUGCUCAGAAAUCCCAGACCACACUCAUAGUUACUGCAAAGAGUCUCCUGACCUGCUGGGCAACACAGUCUGUCUUGGAUCACUAAAACUGAUUGUUUCAAACUGCAGUUUCUGAGAAAAUUUUAGAAUUAUCUUUAUUUUAAAAGAACAAAUUGGAGAAAACAAAUAGGGAAAGCAAUGGCAUCAGUACCCUCUGUUGGUUGCCUUCUGGCCAAAAAUCAGUAUUAUCGAAGGGCAAGUAUUUCUUCAAUUAGCUCUCUUAUUGGUUCUGACUCUGUUAAUUUCAUAGAUGAGGACAAAUCUCAGCAAGGGUUACCUGAACUGGCAGAAUCCACCUGGUGGUUUAAAUUCUUUUUUUAUUUUGAACCUGUGCUUUCAAAUGUAAGAAAAGAAGUGUCUGCCAAUGGUACUAAUUGUUGAUUCUGACAAUCAAAAUAACUCUACCUGCUACAAAUGUGAAUCAGACCUUUCAGCAUUGAGCUAUUCCAGAUGACUUUUCUACAUUGUAAGAAGACAAAAAUCUGCCUGAAAUCUUUUUUUAGACAUGAUCACAGCAGCCACUUAUGAAAGGUCAAACAUUUUCUUCAAAACUAAGACUAUUGAUGUAAAUGGUAUCAGCUUCAUGGAGAAUAUUAGAAAAGCAUGUUUUAGAAGCACAUGCUCUUUUAAAGUAAUGAGUCUUCAAAUGUAGUAGCUUUUUCAUUAUCCAUAUUAUUUUUCCGAAAAAAAAAUUAAAAGUUUUAUUUAUUUAUUUUUUUAGUUUGUAAGACUCUAUGCCUGUUGAAUGACUUAUCAUACCUUAAAACAAGCAUUGAUGCCUAACAUAAUAGUUUAAAGGGCAUUGUAUUCAAACAUGUAAAAGAGUUGCAAAAUUUUAUUUUUAAUCAUGAACACUGGAAAUAGCAAACAUACCUAUUACCUGUUAGAUACGUUACUGUACAUCUAAUCAAAUGGUUAUUGUGUAGCCUUUAAAAUUCAUGAUUUUAAACAAUAUUUAACAACACAGAAACUUAUGAUGAUGCAAUGUUAGGUGAAAAUAGCAGGAUAAUCUAUAUUUGGUUUGAUUUUAGUUGUAUUGAAAUGUAUAUAUGCAUAAGAAUAGAUUGGAAGGGAAUAUAACACAAAAGUAACUGGCUGUUUCUGAGGAUGGGAUUUUGGUUGGUUUACAUUUUCUUCUUUAUAUUUUUUCUGUAUCUUCUCAAAUUUUCUAAUAAGACCAAUUUUUGUGUAUAAUUAGAAAAAUAAAUAUAUUUAUAAAGGAGCACUGGAAUGAUUUUCUGAAUGUGAAUAAUUUCUAAUUUCCUCAAUAUUGGGUAGAUAAUACUUAGUGUGCUUCAAUUGAAAAGUUUCUAUAUACUUGCAGAUAUUUUCCAAUGCAAGAUGCUAUGCUUAGAAAUUAAGGAUGCUGAACUUACUCAGAGGUAGAUAUUUCUACAGUAUUUUGUAGCUAAUGUUGCAUUAAACACUCCCUAGAAUAUACAUGAUUGUUUAUUAGUAGAACUAUCUUCUUAUUCAACUACAUAACUAUGAGAAAAUAUUAAGACUAACCAUUCUCUAUGAUAAACAUUAUUGACCAUUUAAUAUACUUUCCAAAUGGGACAUACAUUCCUUCAAUUCUGUGGCCCUCCAUCACUUUGCUGUCAAUGAAGGAACUCAAAUAUCACUUUGGCUCAAUAGCAUAUCAUUGUUUACAUAUUAUUGCUUUUCUGGUUGUUGUUUUCAUUUAUAAUUUUUAAAUUGAGAUAAAAAUAUAAAACAAAAUGGUAAAUUUUGAGAUGCUUUAGUUUUAUUUUAAGAUUAUCAACAAAUUUCUUCUUACUUAACUACUCUAUAUAUAUGUGAAGACAUUGCUUGAUUAGGUUAUAUAAUAAAUUUCCCCAAAGCAUCAAAAUUGUUGCUUUUGUAUUAGUUUAGUGUUACUGUUGCUGAAAGUUAUUGUUUAAGGUAGUUGAAUUUUACAUAGGAUUUUAAAUCAAACAUAUUAUCAUGACCAUAUAGUUAUUAAGCAUUUUAGAGUAGUUAAUGCAGAUGCACACAUAUAUAUGUGAGUUUAGAGAGAUAGAUGAUCAACAGGUAGGUAGACAGAUGAUAGAUGAUAGAUAGAUAAAUGAUAGAUGAUAGAUAGAUAUAGAUGAUAGAUAUAGGUAGAUAGAUAGAUAGAUAGAUAGAUAGACAGACAGACAGAGGGUAGAAAUUCUAGAAACAAAAAAGGAAUAUUCUUGAAAAGUAAUGUUAAUGUGAGUUCUUAUAAAAUAAUUUAAAAAGUAACGUAUUCCUGCAUACUACCCCUGAAUUUCUAUAGAAUUAAGAUGAUAAAAAUAAAGAGAACAAAAUGUUUUUUUCUGAGUAAAUUCUAGUUAAUUGCUUCUAAUGUAAUUUUCCUACAGUCAGGUACUUUAAAAAGUAACACACACAUAGGUCUCAACAUAACUGUGAUUUUAGCUAAAAUAUUUCCUGCCUGGCUCUGUUGCCUAUUGGGUACAUAAUAAAUAGUGACGUUUAAAUAUGUUAAAGGUGUGUUAUAACUCCAAAUGACUUUAGAUGUGCUAUGAUCCUUCUAGUAUGAUAUUAUAAUAUAUUAUUUGACUUGGCUAGGAUGUCUGUAUUAAAUAUGACCAGGUUUUGAUAAUUUCUGCCCAGGUUCUGGGAAUUUAUAUGUUGAGAUUCACUAUUUUAUUUUUGAGAUAUGAUUUUGAUAGCAGGUUCUGAGUUAUCGAUCCCCAUAUCCUUUAUCAAUAAAACAUCAACGGCCAAUUCA